AAAAAAAUAAAAAUAUCAAAAAUGAAUAAAGAAAAUCCUAUGAAAGAAAUUAUAAUAGAUAAAGUAUGUUUAAAUAUUUGUAUUGGUGAUUAGACUGAUCAAUUAACAAAAGCAUACAAAAUAUUAGAAGAAUUAACAGGCCAAACACCAUUAUAUGGAAAGGCAAAAUAUACUCUUAAAAAUUUUAAUAUAAGAAGAAAUCAAAAAAUUUCAACUUAUAUUACUGUUAGAGGAUAGAAAGCUUAUGAUAUUUUAUAUAAAGCACUUGCUACUAAAGAUUUUGAACUAGAGCAUGCAUCUUUUUCAGAAAAAGAUGGUAAUUUUGGUUUAGGAAUAAAAGAACAUAUAGAUUUAGGAAUAAAAUAUGAUCCUAUGAUAGGAAUUUUUGGUAUGAGAAUUUAUGUAGUAUUAAAGAGAAGAGGAUAUAGAAUACAAAAAAGAAAGAGUAGAAGAUCUAAGAUUGGUAAUAGACAUAGAAUAAAAGUAGAAGAAGCAAGAGAUUUUGUUAAAUAGAAAUUCGAAGUUACUAUAAGACAUAAUAAAUAA